AUGGGGUGCGCCUUCUCGUCGGCGGGCUCCGCGGGGGCGCUGCGGCCGUGCGCGGGGGUGCGGGUCAUCCACACCAACGGGUACGUGGAGGACUUCGAGGGCCCCGGCGUGGUGACCGUGGCGACCGUCACGGGCUGCCUCUCCGACUCCUCCUCCGCCGGCAACGGCGACAACAACGGCAAGGGGUACGUGCUGUGCUCGGCCGCGCACCUGCUGCAGCCCGGGCGCGGGCCGUUCCGGCCCGACGACGCGCUGCAGCCGGGCACCGUCUACUUCCUGCUCCCGCAGUCGGUGUUCCAGGCCGAGUCCUCUGCCGUGGACCUCGCCUGCCUCAUGAACCGCCUCACCGCGCUCGCCCGCAAGGGCUGCGCCACCGCCGCGCCCAAGCCCAGCCCGCUCGACGCGCUCUUCGACGCCGACGCCGCCGGCAGUCGCCAGCCGCAGCAGCCUGUGGCUGUGGCUGUGCCUGCGGCGGCCAAGGAGAAGGAUGAGCCCGGGCGGGCGGCGCCAUGGAGGCCCUGCCUGGACCGCAUCGACGAGUCCAUCGGCCGCGCCUCCAUGCGCAGCGCGUCCAGCCGCAGCGCCUGCAGCGAGGCCUGA